AUGACGCUGCCUCCUCCUCUUAUCUCUAUCCCCAUUUGUAAUUUCAAUAAUCUGGAGUUCAUGUUCUCCAAGAGAUUUCAACACCUCACCUCUCUUGCAUUAUUGGAUAUCGGAGAUUGUCCAAAGCUCACAUCUCUUCCAGAAAAAGACAUGCUUCUCUCGCUUGGGAUGCUAUUAAUAUCCGAUUGUCCGUUGCUAAAAGAAGAGUGCAGGAGAGUUGAAGGACGAGAACGGUCCAAGAUUUCCCACAUACCUCUCGUUCUAAUCGAUGAUGAAAAUCUCAUCCCUAGGAAAGUGUUGAAGAAAGUGUUGUUUUCAAAAGAUGGUUUCAAGAAAAGCAAUGAAGAUAUUCAACUCAUCUGCUUUACACAGAGAACGGCAACUGUGAUAUGUUCUUUAUAUGAAGUGCUUGAAAGGCUUCUUCGUCCCUCCACUUGCCCUUCAAGUGAUGGUAUUUUCAAAUACAGGGCAGUUCUGCGUAGCACCGAUACUGCUUCCUUGAGGAUUGUACAGGCUAGCAUUUCAUGA